GGGCAGCGGCUGAGAGGAGUCAGUGCCGAGCUCCCCUCCGCAGCCGGGACCCGGCCGAGCCGCCUCGCUCUCUCCCAGCACCGCGCUCUCCCACCGGGCGCCUAUGGGCAUCUGCAGAGAGCGAGGACUUCGCACCACCGCCAGCGGGCGAGGACCGCGACCCCGCUCCACCCCGCCUUUGGACCUAUAGCCGGUAGGACGGAGCGCGCUGCGGAGCCUUCCUCGCCUCACCGCAGGAUGAUUUGGAAAUUUGCCGUGUCCAUCUUUUUGAUGGCAGCAUUGGCUAGAGUAGCAGACAGCAGGAAGAACCGCCCGGCGGGGGCGAUCCCAUCCCCCUACAAGGACAGCAGCAGCAACAACUCAGAGCGGAGGCAGCAGCUGAACAAGGAGGUGCUGGCCUCCAGCCAGGAGGCCCUUGUGGUCACUGAACGGAAGUACCUCAAGAGCGACUGGUGCAAGACGCAGCCCUUGCGACAGACUGUCAGUGAGGAGGGCUGCAUAAGCCGCACCAUCAUCAACCGCUUCUGCUAUGGGCAGUGCAACUCCUUCUACAUACCGCGGCAUGUGAAGAAGGAGGAGGAGUCCUUCCAGUCCUGUGCUUUCUGCAAGCCACACAAGGUGACCUCCUCAACUGUGCAGCUGGAAUGCCCCGAGCUGGACCCACCAUUCCGACUCAAGAAAAUUCAGAAGGUGAAGCAGUGCCGGUGCAUGUCUGUGAAUCUGAACAACUCAGGCAAGAUGUAAGAACAGCUGUGUGGCUGCUGCUUGCUGUUUUCCUGUUGUCCACAUCAGACAUCCCGCUGCAUCUCCUCUCCAUUGGGCAGACUGCCUGUUUUCUUCUUGUUUUUUUUCUUUUUUCCCUGUUUAUUUUUUAUUUCGGGAGAUAUCUCUCCAGAAAGGAAAGGCUCAUUGUCAUGUGCCUACUGGAAUAAAGCUGUUUAAUGGGCUAUGUUAUGCACUUGACCAUCAGGUUCAUUUUAUGUCUGGUAUCAUCUGACAGUUGAAUCUUACAGGGUGGAGCAGGCUCCUGAAGUUGAGACUGUGCAUCUAAGUGACCAGUUGGCUGAAUGCAACGUUAAAUGUUUCCACUGUGUGGAGUAAAGCCAUCUCCCUACACUCCAGUCCCCUCCACCAGAUGAGAUGCCUUCCCAUUAAGCUGUUCCGGAGCUUGCUGCUGUCACCACGGUAGGCUGGGUUCUGCCCAAAUCUGGGUGAGGCAGACCAGGGAGAGCUACAAAGAGUAACAUACAAAAAGAGACUCUCUGACAAGGCUCGGCUUCUUGAGACACCUCUUACUGUGCAAUUGACAAACUGUUCCAAACCUGUGGUCUGAACUGCAGAUAAGAGCUGAAGGGGAGAGGGCGAAACGUCAGAUCAGCCGCCGUGAUCACAUCAGCAGCCUGAAGGAGGAUUCUUAAGCUGUUGUGGCUGGAAUAUACUGAACAUGUGGUCUCUGCAGCAGUGUUUGUUUUGUAACUUAGCUAUAGUAAACAGCUGCUUAAAGUAUUAUAGACCUAGCCAUGUAUAUUUUUCUUGUGACAGAAUAUGUCGGAGAUUAAAAUGUGGUAAGAGACUUGGUUGCUAGGUCAGCUGCCUGGCUUAAAAUGGAUGCAUUUUAACUGGGCUUUCGGUACGUUAAUGUGUUAGAUCUGCGCCUGUUUCUUACUCCAAAAAGGACAACAUCCAUUUAUUACCUUAUAUUUAUGCCUGCUCAGACUGGAGAACGUGGAAGGUAAUUGGAGAGGAGCUGAGAACACUAGUGGUGUUUUUCACUUAAGGUAUAAAAGCACUGUCGCACAAAGAACAAAAUUUGGUCAUUGCUGGACCGAAUGCAAAAGCUGCCUUAUUGUUCAGUGUCAUCAGGUGCUGGGAGUGACAUCUCUCCCAUGAUUGGAAACCAGGAAGAAGUGUUGAUGUUAAAGGAUAAACCCAUCAGUCAGUGCUGUGGGAUUAGGUCACAGUUGUAUGGUAGGGAGAGAGAGUCAGUGCUAAUCACUGUGACACUGGUGGCCCACUCAGUGUUUGGGUUCUACAUAAUCCAUGGUGGUGAACACUUUGCAGUUAAUUUUGAUCAUACUGUGUUGUUAUUCACUUGGUGGAGUUUAGCAUGUCCUGUGUAUCCUGUUUGUUCCAGUUCUGAUCUGUAUUAGUACCAGCUGCAUUAAGAUCAUAAGAUGUCUAAAAACAAAUCAGCCCCGUCCCUCAAACUGUAGCCCAUGCAUGCUCAAUCAUCUGAAGCUUACUAAUUAACAGUGACAAGUUGACUCCCCAAUGCAUGUCUUAGGGUUCAGGAUCUGCAUCUGCUGAUAAGAGCUUGCUGUGGGAACCCUUUCCUUCCAGAUUCCUUACGUGCAGCCCCUUCAAGGGGUUAAUGUGUUUAGGACUCUGGCCAACCAAGAGUUCAGUGCCAUAUUAUGUGAGACAGGCUGCUCUAAGAGGCUUUUGGGACUGAGCUCCACAAGAGCUCACCAAGCGGUUUAUGGGGAUUGGCACGGGCAGGAUGAGGUUGGUCAGGUGUGUUAGCCCUAUUAAGUGAACAGUUAUGUGUUUUCUUCUGUGAUCUUUCAGAAAUGCAGAGGGAGACCCCUCACAGUUGUUUUUUCAGAAGCUGGCAUUACUAUACUAACAGCAUCAUGCCAACCCCUGAAUGGAUAGUGUUCAUUCCAGGCCUGAUAGUGUCAGUGUGGGUGUGGGGCAAAGUGGAGAAAACUAAUCUGUUAUGACUCCAGUGAUCUCAGUCUCCCCUUGAAAGAAACAAACUGAAAGUCAGUCAUUUUGGAAUGAGAGAGAGAAAAGCACUGUGGUAACUUCAGUUAGGAAUGAUGUGCAAGAAUCUUUAAGCUAUGCCCUGCCUGGGGUUUUCAUCAGUUUGCAAUAUGACUAUGCUGCAGCUUAAAGUUCCUUCUAGGAGCUAUGUUUGUGUAAAAACUGAGUUGAGCUUGUAAUGGUUAAAACUGUAUUUAAUUCUUGUUUUAUAAAUGAAAACAAAAAAUGAAGAAAUACUUUAAGUAUAAUGUAAUUAUUUUAUAGGUCUACUAUUAAAUUAUAGAUUAAAUAAUAAAGCUACUCUAGGGUUAUAUGGCAUCCAUAUGUACAGGCUUUGCUUCAA